UCAGAGACCACUUCUAAGCUGCAGGCCUUCCUCUCACUAAUACUGAGUUACUGUUGUCUCCAUGGCCACCAUGAAGUUUUACGGAGCUCUGAUCCUGUUCUUGACUGUGUCCACAGCAUGGGGAUUAAGAUGCUACACUUGUGCAGGAACCAGCUCUUCAUCCUGCACCGAUGUCCUAACUUGUCCUGACGGAUUCGACAAGUGUGUGUCUGUUGAAACGCGCGGUGUUUUCACUAAGAGCUGUGGAAGAACUACAGAUUGUACCGGCCCCGCAAAAUGCUGUGACACAUAUCUGUGUAACAGCGCAAUACCAACUGGUCCCAGUGUCAUUAUGCUGCUGGUGUCCUCGGCCAUCAUCACAAUCUUUCUCUGAGACUCUGGAACAAUCUCAUCUGGAAAAGAUUUUACUUAAAUCAGUAUAUUUGGUCAACCCAGAAUGAUGACAUAUUGUUAAACAUGUAACAUCUGUCAAAGACAAUAUAAUAAUGUCUCUUCAAUAAAAGCUCAAUCAUUUACUAAG